AUGCGGACAGCUGAGGCAAUUCUGUUGGCCGCUGGCCUUCUGGUCGAGGCGGCCUAUGCUGCGGCAUCGCAGCAGUACACCUGGAAGAGUGUGAUGACAGGAGGUGGUGGUGGCUUCGUCCCUGGCAUCGUCUUCAAUCCCUCAGAGAAGGGCCUCGCCUACGCCCGCACUGAUAUUGGCGGCGCAUAUCGGCUCAAUGCAGAUGAUUCUUGGACUCCUUUGCAGGACUAUGCAGCGAAUAGUGACUGGCACGACUGGGGUGUCGAUGCGCUUGCUACGGAUCCCGUAGAUCCUGCUCGGGUGUAUCUCGCCGUUGGUUUGUAUACCAACGAAUGGGACCCCGAGAAUGGAUCCAUCCUUCGGUCCAAGGACCGGGGUAAUACCUGGGCGGAGGCGAAGCUGCCAUUCAAAGUCGGUGGAAACAUGCCCGGUCGUGGCCUGGGAGAGCGUCUUGCCAUCGAUCCCAACGACAAUAGCAUCCUGUACUUUGGCGCCAGAAGCGGCCACGGUCUCUGGAAGAGUACCGAUUAUGGCGUGACCUGGUCUAAUGUCACCUCUUUCACCUGGACUGGCACGUAUGUUCAGGACCCGACUAGCUCAUACACUGCCGACCGUGUUGGAAUCGCGUGGAUUACCUUUGAUUCUACCUCCGGAUUGAAAGGCAGUGGAAGCUCGCGCAUCUUUGUUGGCAUUGCCGACACUGGAAAAUCUGUCUUUGUUUCGGAGGAUGCUGGUGCUACCUGGUCAUGGGUGACUGGUGAGCCCAUGUACGGAUUUCUCCCCCAUAAAGGAGUCCUUUCUCCUGCGGAGAAGACCCUGUAUAUCUCCUACGCCAAUGGAGCCGGUCCAUAUGAUGGAACAAACGGUACCCUUCACAAGUAUGACAUCGCCAACAAGAAGUGGACGGAUAUCAGUCCCACACCCGCUGCAUCUGUCUCGUACGGCUACGGCGGUCUCGCUGUCGAUCUGAAGGUGCCUGGAACCAUCAUGGUAGCUGCCUUAAACUCCUGGUGGCCGGAUGGGAUUGUCUGGCGAAGUGUCAACUCCGGUGCUACGUGGUCUGCCAUCUGGGACUGGAAUGGGUACCCGAACAUGAACAAAUACUACAGCUACGAUAUUUCCAAUGCGCCCUGGCUUCUGGAUGGCUCGACCGGGAAGGAGUUCCCGCAAAAGGUUGGAUGGAUGAUGGAAGCUCUCGUUAUUGAUCCCUUUGACUCGGAUCACUGGUUGUAUGGCACGGGCGCUACCAUUUAUGGUGGGCAUGAUCUUACCAAGUGGGAUACUGUCCACAACGUGACGCUCAAGUCGCUAGCUGUGGGUAUCGAGGAGAUGGCUAUCCUGGGCUUGAUUGCUCCUCCUGGAGGACCACAACUGCUUUCUGCCGUGGGCGACGUUGGUGGCUACUACCAUUCUGAUCUGUCCAAGGCCCCGCAACACUCUUUUCAGACCCCGAUGUACAGCACAACCCAGGGGAUAGACUAUGCGGGUAACAAGCCCUCAAAUAUCGUCCGAUCCGGCUCCAGUGAUAAUCUGCCUACCGUGGCUCUGUCUUCGGAUUUUGGCAAGACUUGGUCCGGAAACUACGCGGCAUCAUCUAGCACGCCCACUGGACCAGUCGCCUUCUCUGCCGAUGCCGACACCAUUCUUCUCAUGAACUCGAACGGGGCCAUGGUGUCUAAGUCUAGCAGCACAUUCACUGCAGUCUCCUCGCUACCAUCUGGCGCCGCCAUUGCGUCCGACAAAGCCAACAAUACCGUCUUCUACAGCGGCUCAGCGGGCUCAAUCUACGUCUCUGCCAACGGCGCCGCUUCUUUCACCAAGACCGCAACCCUCGGUUCCAGCACAUCCGUCAACACUAUCCGCGCCCAUCCCUCCAUUGCGGGCGACGUCUGGGCUACCACCGACAAGGGCCUCUGGCACUCAACCGACUACGGCAAGACCUUCACGCAGAUCGGCAGUGGGUGCGCAGCAGGCUGGAGCUUCGGGCUCGGCAAGGGCUCAUCGACCGGCUCCUACGCUGUGCUCUACGGCUUCUUCACGGUCGACGGCGUGACCGGCCUCUUCAAAACGGAGGACAAGGGCGCAAACUGGCAGAUGAUCUCCGACGCGUCACAUGGUUUUGGCUCUGCUUCGACCAACGUGGUCAACGCGGAUAUGUUGAACUACGGGCGCGUGUUUGUCGGUACAAAUGGACGGGGGAUCUUCUACGGAGAGCCUGGUGGCAGUGUGCCGUCUUCGACAGCGACGGCGACGAGUGCUACACAGACAUCUAUCAGCACCGCGAGCAGUUCUACGACAGUUAAGACCUCGUCGAUCACUGCCUCCACGUCGACAACUAUGACAACGACGACAAAGCCUUCAACUACGGGCACAACGACAUCGUCGGGACCAAAUGGAACUGCCACCAGCUCGCCGUGGGAACAGUGCGGUGGUAUCGGGUAUACUGGCCCGACGCUCUGUCCUAGCGGAUGGAAAUGCACCGUGCAGAACGACUAUUACUCGCAAUGUGAGUUAUCUAUCAUCCUCCAAACCGCGAUAUUUCUUCGCAGAACAAGAACUGACUGCAAUUUAGGCAUGCAAUAG